CUCACGGCCCCUCGGAAGAUUCUGAUCGGAAAAACUGAUGGCUCUUACGUGCUCGAGCAAGAGCUUCGGUGGAUAAAGAAUAUGCAGCUGCGUUCACGCCCACGCCCAAGCACACGCAUAAGCCAAUUUGAUCGCCCCCCGUCUUGCUCUAGCAUAGCAUGGUUCAUACGGUAGCUCCGAACUGUCACCUCAUUCCGAGGAGCCGCUUCGCUCGAGGCCUGUACCACGACGCAGGCACCAAACAAAGCACCGGUGGCGACGAUCUUGUCUAUCGAGUCGUCCGCUGCGGAGGGUUCCGGGAGAGAGAGAGGUGGCGACACAGGGAGAGAGGCGGAGUCCCCGCGUUACGGUGCGCGUUCUCAUCGUCGGAGGAGGCUGAAUCCGGAGGAAUUACAGGGCUGAGAACAGAGCGGAGAGGCGACGGCGGUGGACGGUUCGAGUAUCUGGCGAAGGCACACGGAUGGGGAGUGAGGAGGCUGAUUGAAGACGAAGUCGAAAUGAGGGCGGUGGCUCGAAUCCAGGCCGAAGCGUUCCAUGAACCGGCGGCUCUCUUCAAUGAUCUCUUCUUCCAGUUUUUCCAGGCAGAAGUGCUCGCGGGGCUCAUUUACAAACUCCGAAACUCGCCUUCAGACAGGUAUGCCUGCUUAGUGGCUGAGCCCGCACCGAGCGUUCCCAGCAUCGAAGACGGAGUAGUCGGAGUGGUCGACGUCACGGUGCUGAGGGAGAAGGCCGUGCUCCGGGACUUGCCGGGAGCGGAAGAGUACCUCUACGUGUCUGGCAUUGCGGUGUCCGAGAGCUUCAGGAGGCGAAAAGUGGCGACCGCGCUGCUCAAGGCCUGCGAUGAGCUCUGCAUCGGAUGGGGCUACCGGUAUCUGGUGCUCCGAGCACACGAGGACGAUUCCGGCGCUCGCACGUUGUACGCGAACGCGGGCUAUAGAGUCGUGACCGGCGAUCCCGUGUGGGUCUCUUGGAUCGGGAAAAGGCGGCGCGUCCUUAUGAUCAAGAAAAUCGGGUGAAUUGUUAGUGUGAAAUUCGACUGCUGUGCGUAAUUCACGUCUGAAAAUUCAGAGUAAACCCAAGUCAGGAGAGGUGAUGACACAUUGAUUUUAUGCUCAGCACUCGCUCCAUCCAGUCGAGAAACCAAGCUUGAAUUGGAAAAUCACCACAAAAUUUUAGAAUAUUUCCAAAUUUGACCUGAGAAACAUGUAUCUGUCCCAACUGAGUCUCUCCUAUUUUAAUUUGUGAGGACCAUGAUGGUUUUGAUGGAUUACCAUGUUGAAACCUGCAUUGUUUUUUC